GCAGCUCCUUCUGCAGCCGCCGCCGCUGCCGCUGCGGAGACUUGGCUGGCGCGUCCUGCCUGCCCAGCGCUGCGCUUCGGAGAGUCAUCGGGGGCGCCUGCCGCUGCCUCGCUCGCUGCCGCGGUGCUUCUGCGGUGCUUCCGCGCACUCGGCCGCGCUUGGGAUGCGUGCCCGUGGGCAGCGGUAGAGCGCGCGGACUGGCGCUGCUCGCCCGGAGACCACGAUGCCCGGCGGCGGAGCAGCCUCGCCAGCGCCGCCGCUCCCGGUGCUCCUUUGCGCGCUCCUUGCCGCCGCUCUACUGAGCGCACAGGCGGAGCCCAGCUGCCAGCGGGUCCGCGCCGCUUUCCAGGCGCUCCAGCCCGGCGCCAAGUGGAUGCCCGAGAGCCCCGGCGCAGGGUCGGAUUUGCAGGUAUGCAUCCCGAAAGGCCCAACGUGCUGCUCGAGGAAGAUGGAAGAGAAAUACCACGGCAUGGCCCGUUCCAACAUGGAGCAGCUCCUCCAGUCGGCCAGCAUGGAGCUCAAGUUCCUCAUCAUCCAGAAUGCAGCUGCCUUCCAAGAAGCCUUUGAAAUUGUAGUGCGGCAUGCAAGAAACUACACAAACUCCAUGUUCAGGAACUAUUAUCGCAACAUAGCUCCCAGAGCUUUUAAAUUUGUGGGGGAAUUUUUUACCGACAUCUCCUUGUACAUCUUGGGCUCGGACAUCAACGUCAAUGACAUGAUAAAUGAAUUUUUUGACAGCUUGUUUCCUUUGAUCUACCCACACCUGGUUAACCCGGGCUCCCCUGAUCCUUCGGUGGAAAUGUCCGAGUGUCUACGACUUGCCAGGCGAGACUUGAAGGUGUUUGGAAACUUCCCCAAAAUCAUGAUGACUCAAGUGUCCAAGUCUCUACAGAUGACGCGCGCCUUCCUGCAGGCGCUCAACCUUGGCAUUGAGGUGGUGAACACCACGGACCACUUGAAGUUCAGCAAGGACUGUGGGCGGGCGCUGUUGAAAAUGUGGUACUGCUCCCAUUGCCAAGACCUUAUCAUGGCCAAGCCAUGUGCCGGGUUCUGUGGGGUGGUGUUGCAGGGGUGUCUGGCCAGUGUGGUGGAGAUAGAUGGCUACUGGCUGGAAUACCUCCGUUCUCUGGAGGGGCUGACAAAAGCCAUGAGGGGCAUAUACGAUAUGGAGCAGGUGCUUCUCAAUCUCUUCUCCUUGAUACGAGAUGCGAUCAUGUAUGUGCAGAAGAAUGCUGGGAAGCUGGCGCCAACGACCAGCAAGUUAUGCAGCCAUUCCCAAAAGAGGGAGUACCGGUCAGUUUGGUAUCCUGAGGAUCUUUUCGUUGAGGAGAGAAUGGUGCGGGUUGCCCAUGUGGAACGCGAGGAAACUUUGUCCAGUAGGAGAAGGGAACUCGUCACAAAACUGAGAGCACACAGCAGUUUCUACAGCAGUCUGCCAGAGUACAUCUGCUCCCACAGCUCUACAGUGCAGAACAACACCCUUUGCUGGAAUGGCCAAGAAGUUGUCGAGAGGUACACCCGCCCAGCAGUGAGGAAUGGAGGGAAGGGUCAGCUUGGCAACCAUGAAGUCAAGGUGAAAGGACCUGAGCCUGUGAUUAGCCAGAUCAUUGAUAAGCUGAAACACAUUAAUCAGCUGCUAAAAGGAAUGUCCAUCUCUCGCCGGAAAAGCCUGGAGAACCCAGAAGAUGAGGAUGAAGCAGGAAGUGGGAACUGCGACGAUGAGGAUGCCUGCGGUGGCACGGGUUCCGGAGACGGGGAAUUAAGAGUGAAGAAUCAGUUGAGAUUCUUGGCAGAUUGGAAAAGGCUGUGCCUGGGAGAAAGAUGUGGCUUACGUUAGCCCUGCAGGGUAGUUCACGCUGAACACUGCAGGCAUAUUCUGCAACAUGCCAUUGGCGCAACAAGAGUGCAUUACUGGUGGAUUUAUACUGGAUUGUCCACACAUCUUUCCAUUUAAUUAGCUGUUCUAAGAUGCGUCUCCAGCGUUACUGCAUUAUUGCCGUCUGGAGGAGCCUCUUGCAGGAUUUCAGCAGGAAGUUACGGGAUAUGCACUGAUAGGAAACAAAGUAGUGUGAAAGUAGUGAAAGGGGGUUCACAUAUAAUUGCCCCGGUACCAUCAUAAGCCCAAAUAGUCUUGAAUGCACAAUUAAAAGGAUGUCUGGAGCAGCUCUGAGAGUGGCAGCACUUGGCACCAUAAGUGUAGCAGGAGGGAAUUGGAUUCAGAGGUGCCCAUUGUCAGAGCCCAGUUCCUCCGCUGCUGGGAUCUUUCAAAAGCUGCAAAGGCACAGUAUAGCAUGAAACAACCGAGAUGGGGUUAGCCUUGGAGGUUGCGGUCCUUUAAAGGGUCCCUCUUCUGAAAAAUAGUGCAUCUCCAGCACUUGCCAACCUGGUGCCCUCCAGAUGUUUUGAACUACUAUUCCCGUCAGCCUCAGUCAGCACAUGCUGGCUGAAUUGUAGUCCAAAACAUCUGGAGAGGGAACCAGGUUCGAGAUAGCUGUGCUCCACACACACCACGGAUGCCCCUUUUCCAGGGCUUGUACAUUUCGCAUUUGAAACGUGAAGGCCACCUUGAUUGUUUUGAAGCGUGUUCAAGCACAUUGGUUCUGCGUUUGCGCCUCCACCCAACACCCGAAUAAUGAAUAAGCUCUGUGCAUAAUAAAGUUUCUUUUAGCUAAGUGUGUAACCCUAGAAA